AUGGCCGUCUCGAAUGGCUCAACCCCUUCCGGCCAUCCUUGCUCUUCCGCUACGAACGCAGGCCCUUUCAACGACUCGAUGUCCUUCGUCGACGUCGCCAUCAUUGGCGCAGGCCCAGCUGGCUGCAUGGCCGCAGAUGUGCUCUCCCGCUUUUCUGCCCGAGGCCUAACUGUCCGCAUCUUCGACAAGCGGAGUGCGCAGCUCGAGAACGGUCAAGCCGACGGCUUGAAUCCUCGCUCGCUCGAGAUCUUCGAAAGUCUCGGCAUCAUCGAGCAGGUGCAGAAGGAGGCGUCGCCCAUGAGCGAGAUCAAUUUCUGGGCACCUUGUCCCGAGACAGGCAGGCUCGUUCGGACGGGCCAGAUUCCCGACACGACUCCUGGACUUUCGCGCUUUCAGCAGACGAUCCUACACCAGGGACGCGUCGAGACGCACUUGCUCGAUGAUGCACAGAAACACUCGCAAGGCGCAAUCGCGCCCGAGCGCUCGAUGCUUCCCGACACUCUUUCCAUCGACGAGUCGCUCGUCGCCGACCACAACUCGCACUCAAUUACGCUCACCGUCCGCCAUCUGUCCGAGGGCGAAUCGACACCGGAUGCGUACAAAUUCGACGAUAAAGGCGUCAGGAGUGGCCUGUUCAGAAGUUCGUUGUUGUCGGCUGCGGAGGAGGAGGGUCUUUACAAGAAGGACGGGACGGCCGAGCGGGUCGAAACUGUCAAGGCGCGCUACCUGAUCGGCUGCGACGGCGCACACUCGUGGACUCGCCGCCAACUCGGCGUCAAGAUGCUCGGAGACCAGACGAAUUUCGUCUGGGGUGUACUCGACCUUGUUCCCCGCACAAACUUUCCGGACAUCCGCAUGGCGUGCGCGAUCCAGUCCGCCAACUUCGGCUCAAUCAUGGUCAUCCCGCAACCGCGCGACCUUGUCCGGCUAUACAUUCAGCUUCCCAUUCGCGUCGAGCCUGGCGCUUAUCUCGAUAAGUCGAGGAUCACGUCUGAAACGAUCCUUGCAACGGCGCGGAAGAUCCUCCACCCGUACACGCUCGACUACGAAUCCAUCGACUGGUUCACCGGCUACCAUGUCGGCCAGCGGUUGACCGAGUCCUUUGCGCAAUACAACCGCGUCUUCCUCGCUGGCGACGCCUGCCAUACGCAUUCUCCCAAGGCCGGUCAAGGCAUGAACACCUCGAUGCAAGACACCUGGAACCUCUGCUGGAAGCUCGGUCUCGUCGCCACUGGCCUCGCAAAGCCAGAGCUCCUCGAAACCUACUCUCUCGAGCGCCAGCCCGUCGCGGCCGCCCUGCUCAGCCUGGACUGCAAGCUAGCGAGGAGCUGGUCAUCGAAGCGGCACCAGCUGCAGAAGGGCAGGGAGGAGGAUCGUAAUGCCGAGAAGCUCGGCGAAAUCAUCGCGAAGGGCAAAGCUUUCACGCUCGGCAUCUCAAUCAAUUACGCCGACUCGAUCAUUGUCGGCAAGGACGGUUCGCGCGGCGCCGUCACAUCCAAGCAGUACCUGGCCUCGAAGCUCCCCGUCGGAGAACGCUUCUACUCGGCGCAGGUCGUCAACCAGGCUUCCGCCACGGCCGACCAGCUCACCACCCGCAUCCCCUUCACCGGCGCUUUCCGGCUGCUUGUCUUCCCUGGCGACAUCACCAAGCCCGCAGCGAAGGAGCGGUUGCAGAAGCUCGCCGACUACCUCGAUUCGCCGGAGAGCGUUGUCAGCAAAUACACGCCCGGCGACUUGCCGCGGUGGGCCGUCAUCGACCCUGUCACUGUCCACUGCGCCGAGCGAACGGCAGUCGGGCUUUACGACUUUCCUCAGCCGUCAAUCUUCCACCCUCACAACUACAAGCGGAUCUACUGCGACGGACCAUCGCACCACCGCGGCGAUGGCAAGGCGUACGAGACGUACGGCAUCUCGAAGGAGGAGGGCGCGAUCGUCGUCGUCCGACCUGACCAAUACACCGGCCUCAUCGUUGGCCUCGAGGACACCGACAUGCUCGACGCCUACUUUGCGCAGUUCAUGCUGCCCGCGAAGGACGGCGGCCACCCCGGCGCAAAGGUCGCGGAGGUGCUCCCGCCCGACUGGUCGAAAGUCGUGCCCCUCGAGAUCACCGGAUCCUUCGCCGUCGAGGAAGUGCGCGUCAACGGAACGAGCUAG